GGUCCUCAUUUGUCCAAUGACCGAAAAACUAAUAUUCCGAUGAACUCUAGUCUAGAUGAAGGAUAGCAGAGUAUACAUACUUGAUACUCCAACCUUGAGAUGAAUUUAGAUAACUAAUGACUGAGCUGAAUGUCGUAGUACACAGACAUCGUAAAUUUACCUUCAGUAAACCCCGCCUCAAUUUAAUCCCGCGAUAUUGACAGUAUCAAAGCUGCUGCCAUUAGACCUUAAGUUGGGUUAGGGUAAAAGGGUAACUGGAAUAGUGGCCUCUAAACUUGAAACUUGUUCCUCGUCCUAAAGUUGGGUGAUGCACGUAGAGUUACAUAGCUAGUACUGAACUGGAAUGAUAUCGCUCAGGCUUUGUCACAGAAGACUUUAUGCAACACCAAAAUUUACCUAUGCUGAAUGGGGAGACUUUUUGGAUGUGGCGAAAAGAAACUAUCAUUUAAUGCAGGAAUCCCAACAUUUUCCCCUGCAAAAUAUGCUCGAAAUCAACUCCCAAUUGAAGGAGUUGGUAAAGAAUGGUCAGUUGGAAAAUGCACGCCACAUGUUUGACAAAAUGACUCAGAGGGAUGAGGUCUCAUGGACCAAUAUGAUUUCUGGUUAUGUCAAUGCCUCUAGUUCAUUACAGGCGUUGUCUUUAUUCUCAGAAAUGCGGCGUGAUCCUAUUCUCAAAAUGGAUCCUUUUGCUCUUAGCCUAGCGGUGAAGGCAUGUGGGCUUAGUAUGAAUUUGAGGUGUGGUGAAUCAUUACAUGCGUAUUCGAUAAAAGCUGAUUUUGUUAGUUCUGUUUUUGUAGGCAGUUCACUUGUUGACAUGUACAUGAAAGCUGGUAAAGUGAUGGGGGGUUGCAGAUUUUUUGAUGAAAUGCCUCUUAGGAAUGUAGUUUCUUGGACAGCUGUUAUAACCGGGCUUGUACGUGCAGGUUACAAUGAGGAAGGGUUGGUGUACUUUUCUGAAAUGUGGAGGGACGGCGUAGAGUGCGAUUCGUAUGCUUACGCUAUUGUGUUAAAAGCGUGUGCUGAUAUUGGGUGUCUGAAUUACGGGAGGGAAAUGCAUACUAGGAUAGUGAAGAAAGGCUUGGAUAUUAGCUCUUAUGUGGCUAAUAGUCUUGCUACAAUGUACAAUAAAUGUGGGAAACUAAAUUACGGUAUGUGCUUGUUUGAAAGAAUGAAGUUGCAAGAUGUUGUCUCGUGGACUACAGUAAUCACGACAUAUGUUCAAAUAGGUCAAGACCAGUAUGGCAUACAAGCAUUCUUGAGAAUGAAAGAAUCGAGUGUGACUCCUAAUGCGUAUACAUUUUCAGCAGUUGUUGCUGCUUGUGCAAAUCUUGCAAGACUAGACUGGGGCGUACAACUGCAUGCAAAUGUUGUACGUGUAGGUUUUCUUGAUUCUCUGUCUGUGUCGAAUUCAAUUGUCACAAUGUAUUCCAAAUGUGGACAGUUGGGUUCGGCGUCACUUAUAUUUCAUGAAAUGAGUAGAAAGGACAUUGUUUCUUGGAGCACUAUUAUUGCUGGAUAUGCUCAGGGUGGUUGCGGUGAGGAAGCUUUCAAGCUACUAUCAUGGAUGAGAAAGGAAGGACCAAAGCCAACAGAAUUUGCUCUUGCUAGUGUACUUAGUGCAUGUGGUAGUAUGGCAAUCCUUGACCAGGGUAAGCAACUUCAUGCUCAUGUUCUUAUCAUUGGAUUAGAUCAUACACCGUUAGUACUGAGUGCUUUGAUCAACAUGUAUUCAAAAUGUGGAAGUAUAGCAGAAGCCUCAAAGAUAUUUAAUUCAUCACAAGAUGUUGACGUUGUAUCUUGGACAGCCAUGAUUAAUGGGUAUGCUGAACAUGGAUACAGCCGAGAUGCUAUAAGUUUAUUUGAAAAAGUUCUUUUUGCUGGUCUAAGACCAGAUUCUGUGACCUUCAUUGGUGUUCUAAGCGCUUGUAGUCAUGCUGGCCUUGUUGAUCUAGGUUUUCAGUAUUUCAAAUUGAUGAAAGAGGAGUACAAAAUAAGUUUGUCAAAGGAACAUUAUGGUUGUAUGAUUGAUCUUCUCUGUCGCGCUGGACGAAUAAUUGAUGCUGAGAACAUGAUCAAGAAUAUGCCAUUUGAAAAGGAUGAUGUUGUUUGGUCAAUCUUGCUUAGAGGCUGUAGGCUACAUGGUGAUGUUGAAUGUGGAAGGCGUGCGGCUGAGCAAAUUCUUAAACUUGCUCCAAAUUGUGCUGUGACUCACACUACUCUGUCAAACAUUUAUGCAUCAAAAGGAAAGUGGGGUGAAGUAGCAGAACUGAGGAAGUUGAUGAGAUUGAAAGGCGUCAUGAAGGAGCCUGGCUGGUCUUGGAUUAAGGUCAAGGAUCAAGUCUCUGCAUUUGUUGCUGGAGACAAAAGACAUCCACAGAAUGAAGAUAUUUAUGAUAUUUUGGAUCUUAUAUCCUCAAAAAUGGAAUUUUCUCUUCAGAAUAUUGCUUCUAUUUUAGAGUAGCCAAAGCUUGAGCCGUUGGUUGAAGCUUCUCGAAGCAUGAGCAUCCUUCAGAGAACAAAAGAGAGAAAUUUAUUCUUUAAUUUUAUAAUCACAAUAAUCAUCAUUGGUAUAUUAUACUAAAAGAUUCAUAGCAAUCUCCUAACAGCUAAAAGUGAUUUGAUUAGCAUAGCUCGUGGCUCGUGCGUGUUACUACAGGCAGCUUUGUUUAAUCUUUUUCCCCAAAUAGUUUAGCCAUUUCCUUCGGAAAUGAUCUUGAUGUGUUCUUUUGUAGCAUCGUCCAUUUAUGGUGCUGUCAUGAGAUGUAAUUUUGAUUCUGAGUUUGCAAAGAGCAAUCUGAGUGGUAAAGCUGGUGUAGACCGAUGCUAUGGGUUUGUGUUAUAGUGUACACAUGAAAAUAUUGCAGUCACAGAUGUGUCAGAUAACUUAGCAGAGUAGCUUCAUCAAGCAGAGUCGCUUGUGUACUUGCCCUGUGAGCUUUGAGUCAACAUGGAUGUUGAUUCAGUAGGGAAUGCAGCUAGAUAAGGCAUCCUGCAAAACAUGUGGAGGAAGAUCUUUAGUUGAUGGGAUAGGAUCCAUAUCUGGAAGCAUGCUUAGCACUAUCGGUUUGGAAGUUGUAAGUUCUAUAAAUCUAGAGUUGAGUUGGAAAGCUGUGACAAAGAAAAUGUGCUCUGGAAAUGCUGCUCAAAUGGGGAUGAAGGUAGUGAACUAGAGUCCCAAGAGAGUUAGAGGAUUUUCAGGGUCAGAUAUGGACGGGGUACCUUUCAUUCAAUCUUCUUUUGUAAUGACAGGGAACCUUUCGUUCAAUCUCUGUGAUGGUCAUGUUUAUUAAGGCCGUGCCACCUCUUAGGCCUUGUGAAUAAUUUUUCGUCUACCAGUUUAUAUUGCACA